CCCCCCUUCCUAUACUCCUAGACCACAAUGAGAUCGACACUUCGGUUGCUGGCCAACGUCAAACCGGCCCGGUAUUUGGAGCCUUUUGCUCCUACCGGGUUGACCGGUCUGAACACUCACCCAAGCCCCCGUCCCACCCUGAUCUACCUAUACAGGUCUACCCUCGAGAAAUUGAAGUCUUUUCCCGAGUCCUCCGCCUACCGCCAGUCUACUGAGGCAUUGACUCGCCACCGCCUGCAGGUCGUCGAGUCUACGAAACCACCUGGAUUCGAAGCUUGGUUGGAGCGCGUGAAGAAGACCGUUGGUGCCGAACCCGAGCGAUUCGCUACUCUUCGCCAGGCCGAUGGCUCUUAUGCCGCAUCCAUGCGUGAUGAUGGCAGUGACAACCCUCGUGGAGAGGAAUGGGAUGGAGAGGCUUGGGAACCUUCCUCGCCAGGCCCUGCCCGUACGGCGGAAGAGGAGGCCCGCUGGCACCAAGCCAUUGAAGACUCCGUCUCGGCUGAGACUAAGGAUUCGGACUUCCACACCCGGGAAAUGAAGUGGGAGAAUGAACCUGCCCUGGAAGCUGAGCAGGUCUCCGAGAUUGAGAAGCAGAUCGGCGCUGGCCUUAUUGAGGAGGUUAUUCAGGUGGCAGAGGGUGAGCUGAAGUUGGUUGAUGAGAUUUACAAGUCCCAGGCCUGGGAGGAACUUGAGGAGAAGCCUAGGCCUGGCCAGUGGACUUACUUUGAGCGCAAAACGGAGGCUUAAAUGGCUGUUUCGAUGAAAGACUGAUAGACCCCUGGACUACUUGUAUUUAUUAGCCGACGUGUGUCAACUAAAAUGGGACGCAUCUGUGACAUUUAUAUCCGUUAUGAUACUUUACUUUUUCAUUAU